UGUACACACAUACACACACUACCACGAUCUGUUCUUUAUAGCUGAACUGAUUGCACUAGUUUGGAGCUUAUCUUUCUCCUUCCAAUGGGUAGAGAAAAAGAUAAACUCUGAACUAGUGCAGCCGUGCAGUCAGUUCAGUUAUAAAGAAUAGAGACUCAUAGUAGUAGCGAAAAACACACGCGUUACUACAAUGGGAGGAAUAUGCACAAUAGUAAUUUAAAGGAAAUUAUAUUAUGAUAAUCAGCUGAUACAUAAUAGAUCAUUAUGCCUAUUUCGAAAAAGCUUUGACUCGUCAAGUUGAAUAGAAUCAGUAAAAACGAGAAUUAGAAUAAAAAUGUAAAAAUGUAUCGUUGAGGUUAUAAUCAAGCAUAAAAUAAAUCAGGAUAAGAAUAGUGCAUAUCAUCGAGAGAAUAUCUGUCUGAUAAAUUAUUAUCUUUACACACACAUAUACACAAAAUUAUAUACAUAUAAUAUUUUAAUAGAAAUUUUUUUAUAAAAUGGGUAAACUCAUGCAUAACAACAAAUUGAUUUUAUGUAUCACAUGUAUGUGUGAAAAUUAGAUUUACAUAUUGUAAAUAUAGAGAUUUAUAUAUUUAUCGUGAGGCAUGUCUCAAAUCCAGUAUAUAAAAAUUUGUAUGAAGAUUGUUAAAAAACUAUGUCCAUUAGUGACAUUAAUAUCCACUAUAUUUGUUAUUGUGAUUACUAUUUACAUCAAUCAGAAGAUCUCUCCAAUUUUUGUCUUUCUCUGUAUACAAGUGUACCUGAAUUGGUACUCGAUAUAUAGCAUCAGUUACAAAUCAAAUCCAAUGAAAGUUAAAGAAAUACAAGAUAACUUGUACAGUGUGAUCGCUCAACAGCGCAAGUUUGAGCAACCACUGGCUAAUAUACAGCAGCCGCCAGCUUACAACACGACCUACAGAUUUUGGCAUUGUGAGAGAUGUCAGAGUUACAUGUGCAAGCCGACGCAGCAUUGCUCCUUCUGCCGAAAGUGUUUUCACUUCAAGGAUCAUCACUGCUUCUUUUUAGGCGCUUGUGUACUGCGCCAGAAUAUGGGCAACUUUAUAUUAUUUUGCUUUUAUACUUCGCUGACAUGUCUGUACUCUCUAUGCGUGCUAGGACCGUACAUGUACGAGAACAUUAAUCACAUAGUGAAAACCGACGCGGAUUACUUUAAUAUAUUUCUGAACUUUUGCUUCCCUAUCGCUCUGGCAAGACUGUUGCACUCCAGGGAUAGUUCGAGUAUACUUCUAGUCACAAUAUUCGACAUGCUGAUGUCGAUUUUGUGCAUUUGUCUGGUACUUGGCAUUUGGAAACUGCACAGUUGUUUGACCGGCAAACAACGUUACGUGAACGUAACGGGAAAACAGAAUUUAAAGGAAAUCUUUGGAAGCUACGGUCUAUCAAAUAUUAUCUUUCCAUAUAAUGGUCUCAUAGGCACAAGAGAUAUUAAUAGCAAAUAUGAACUAAAGGAAGUAUAAAACUAGUCAGAUGAACAAUGGAUCGAGAUUAAGUCCAACACAUAUUUUUUAUCUGUAUUAUAUACUUGUAUAUUGUAAUAAAUAUAAUAAUAAUAAUAAUAAUA